AUGGCGCACGAGCUCUUGAGCAUUCCCGUCUUUCUUACCUGCUUUCAUUGGAGCUUUCCCUCCCUCACCGCGACCACCACAGUGCUGGCGGCCGACUGCUUCAGCAGCGGAAACAACGGCUUCAGCGCUGCGCAGUUCCAGCAAGUCGCCAACCAAGUGUGCAGCGUCGGGCCGGACGCGCAGAUACAGUUCGGCACCACCGGCUUCCCGUUCUACUGGCCGAGGAUCAUCCAGGGGCACUACGAGGGCACCGCCAAGGUCCACUGUCGGGUGAGGGCUCUCGAUAUCUCACUCCAGGUAAUCGAUUGGGUAUAUCGAUGCGUUCACCACAUCAUCUCCCAGUGCGUUGUCGGCUCCGGAAGGAAUGGGGGCCGCUGGGACUGGAGCUACAACGGCGUUGAGGCGCAUUAUUGGAUUCAGGGCUUUAAUUAG